AUGAUUCGAAGCCAAUCUCAAUGCUUUCUUGGUAUUAUUAUUACCAUCUACUUCUUCUUUUGUCUUCUUCCGUUACCAAACACCUUUGCUUCUCCCACACAGUCUUUGUGCCGCAGCGACCAAAGAGAUGCUCUUUUGGAGAUACAAAAAGAGUUCCCGAUCCCUUCCGUUACUUUAGGAAAUCCGUGGAACAAGAGCAUUGACUGUUGUUCUUGGGGUGGAGUCACGUGUGAUGCUAUCUUGGGAGAGGUGAUAUCACUAAAACUCUAUUACCUUAGUACUGCUAGCACCUCUUUGAAAUCUAGUAGUGGUCUUUUUAAACUGAAACAUCUUACUCACCUAGACCUUUCAGAUUGCAAUCUCCAAGGGGAGAUUCCUUCUUCAAUUGAAAAUCUUUCCCAUCUCGCACAUCUUGAUCUUUCUAGUAAUCACUUAGUAGGUGAAGUUCCCGCUUCAAUCGGUAACCUAAACCAACUAGAAUACAUAGAUCUUAGGGGAAAUCAACUCAUAGGUAAUAUUCCUACUUCAUUUGCAAACUUAACCAAGCUUUCUCUAUUGGACCUCCACAAAAAUCAAUUCACGGGUGGGGAUAUAGUAUUAGCCAACUUAACCAGCUUAGCCAUUAUAGACCUCUCCUCCAAUCACUUCAAAUCCUUCUUUUCCGCUGACCUAAGUGGACUCCACAACCUGGAGCAAAUCUUUGGGGGUGAAAACUCUUUUGUCGGACCUUUUCCCUCAUCUUUGCUCAUUAUUUCUUCUUUAGUCCAUAUUAGUUUAGGGGGAAACCAAUUCGAGGGACCUAUUGAUUUUGGGAAUACAUCUUCAUCAUCUAGGCUUGAAGUUUUAAAUGUUGGCUACAACAAGUUUGAUGGGCUAAAUCCAGAAUCUAUGUCAAAAUUAGUCAAUCUAAAAGCUUUAAAUCUUGAUGGGAACCAUUUUGGAGGACGAGUCCCUAGAUCUAUAUGGAAAUUAGUCAAUCUCGAACGUUUAAGUCUUAGCCAAAACAAUUUCGGAGGACGAGUCCCUAGAUCUAUAUCUAAGUUAGUCAAUCUUGAAGAUUUAGAUCUUAGCCACAACAAUUUCGAAGAACUAUUCCCUAGAUCUAUAUCUAAGUUAGCCAACCUCACUUCCCUUGAUAUUUCCUACAACAAGUUGGAAGGUCAAGUACCUUAUUUAAUAUGGAGACCUUCUAAGUUGCAAUCUGUGGAUCUUUCUCAUAAUUCGUUCAACAACUUAGGCAAAUCUGUGGAAGUUGUCAAUGGGGCAAAGUUAGGUGGGUUGAAUCUUGGUUCAAAUUCACUCCAAGGACCAAUUCCCCAAUGGAUCUGCAACUUCAGAUUUGUUUUCUUCUUAGAUUUGUCCGACAACCGUUUCACUGGCUCAAUUCCACAAUGUUUGAAGAAUUCCACUGAUUUUAAUACGUUAAAUCUGCGAAACAACAGUCUAAGUGGAUUUCUGCCAGAGUUGUGCAUGGAUAGCACUAUGUUACGAUCACUUGAUGUCAGCUACAACAAUUUGGUGGGGAAGCUUCCAAAAUCUUUGAUGAAUUGCCAGGAUAUGGAAUUUCUGAAUGUGAGAGGAAACAAGAUCAAGGACACGUUUCCAUUUUGGUUGGGCUCUCGGGAAUCACUAAUGGUUCUUGUGCUACGAUCAAAUGCAUUCUAUGGUCCAGUCUAUAACUCCUCUGCCUAUUUGGGGUUUCCACGCCUGAGUAUCAUUGACAUAUCCAAUAAUGAUUUCGUUGGAUCAUUACCACAAGACUAUUUUGCCAAUUGGACUGAAAUGUCAACGGUGUGGGAUAUCAAUCGACUGAACUACGCAAGAAACACUUCCUCAAGAACGAUACAAUAUGGGGGACUUCAAACUAUCCAAAGGUCGAACUACGUGGGGGAUAAUUUCAAUUUGCAUGCAGAUUCGAUUGAUUUGGCGUACAAAGGAGUAGACACAGAUUUUAAUCGGAUCUUUCGAGGCUUCAAAGUCAUUGAUUUUUCGGGAAACCGAUUCUCCGGACAUAUCCCUGAAUCCAUUGGUCUUUUGAGCGAAUUGCGUCUUCUCAACUUGUCCGGCAAUGCAUUCACAGGCAACAUCCCUCCAUCCUUGGCAAAUAUCACAACCCUCGAGACAUUAGACCUAUCGCGAAAUAACUUGUCAGGUGAAAUUCCUCAAAGUCUCGGGAAACUCUCGUUUCUGUCCAACAUCAACUUCUCCCACAAUCAUCUACAAGGAUUUGUGCCACGGAGCACACAGUUUGGAAGUCAAAAUUGUUCUUCAUUCGCGGGUAAUCCUGGACUCUAUGGCCUCGACGAAAUUUGUGGAGAAAGCCAUCAUGUUCCUGUUCCUACAUCUCAGCAACAUGAUGAGUCUUCGUCAGAACCAGAAGAGCCAGUGCUGAACUGGAUAGCAGCUGCAAUAGCGUUUGGACCUGGUGUGUUUUGUGGAUUAGUGAUCGGACACAUCUUCACUUCAUACAAACACUUGUGGUUUAUAGCUCGUUAA